AGGACACCCCCACCCCCAGCCACCGCUUUGUGUAAGGGCUCCUGUUAUCCACAUAGGAACUCAUCCCAUCUGCAUGAGGUGGCUUCCCAGGUCUUUGAGACGUCCUUCAGACUGCUGCAAUCUAUACCAUCCUCACCCAUCGCCAUUCACCUUAAAGUUUUCAAGGCCUCAUACACAGUACAGGGUGUCUGCUAUGCUUCAGGCAUUGCUUCGUGUCCUGAAAGAAAAUGACACAGCCUCCUAUGGAUGGUAGCUACCCAAGAAAUGGACUGGCUUCAGUUUUCAGACCGGGUCAGACUGCUGAAGCUUGAGUCAUGUCACUUCAUUCUGCCACGGUGCUGGCCCUCGUGCUGUGCCUGGGAUGGACAAUUAAUACUCAGCACGAAUCUCUGCCGAGUCCUUCCAUUUUGGCUGAUCCAGGCCUUGAGAUUUCCCAAGGACAUUCUGUAAAGUUUGUGUGCACGAGCCCUGUAGAAUAUAAUACAUUCCGCCUGGAGAAGAGAAGCAUAAAAAUAGUGGAUAUGAAGAAUGAUUUGCCUUCUAAAAAACAGGCUAUAUUCCAGCUUGGCCCAGUAAAUGAAGACACUGCUGGAUCUUAUCAUUGUCUCUAUAAAAAAGGGUCUAUGUGGUCCCAACGCAGUGAGACUCUGGAGCUGAAAGUGACCAGUGAAGAUGUCACCCACACUUCUGACCCAGUCCCAGGAGUGACCUCAGCCCCUACCCUCCAGAGUUACAAGGUGUGGAAUGGUAUCCGCAUGGCCCUGGCUGGGGUAGUCUUUCUGGUCCUGGGGGCAAUCAUUGGAGAAGCUUGGUACAACCAACAAAAGUAUAUGGAUAGCUUCAGAACCCCAGGAGGAUACAACCAAGGGGACUGAGUUUCAUCUUUGUGUCCAAGAAAACCAUAUUGGCCUACAAGCUCCAUGGAUUUAGACUCUGUUGUCAGAAAAUAGUCUCCAAUUCUGAUGACACAUGCUAUUCUUUAUUUAGAGUCAGAAAUUUGUCUUGAUGAUUUUAUUAAACACAUGAUUACACAGUCA